CGGAUCGAGCGUUGCCCCAGUUAUCGGAAUGGCGUCUGGUCGGAGGUUGGCGCCGCUGCCCCUGGUAACGGUCCGCUCCUGGCUUCUCCUCCUGUUGUGUGCUAGCUUCGGAGGUGGACAGAAGAAGAAAGAGAAUCUUCUGGCAGAAAAGGUGGAACAGUUAAUGGAAUGGAGCUCCAGGCGUUCAGUCAUUCGAAUGAAUGGUGACAAAUUCCGAAGGUUUGUGAAGGCUCCUCCCCGUAAUUACUCUGUAAUUGUGAUGUUCACUGCCCUUCAGCCUCAAAGACAGUGUUCUGUCUGCAGACAGGCGAAUGAGGAGUACCAAGUACUGGCAAACUCAUGGCGAUAUUCAUCUGCAUUUUCUAAUAAGUUGUUCUUCACUGUGGUGGACUAUGAUGAAGGAGCAGAUGUAUUUCAGCAGCUAAAUAUGAAUUCUGCCCCGACAUUCAUGCAUUUUCCACCAAAGGGCAAGCCUAAGAGAGCUGACACCUUUGACCUGCAGCGAAUCGGAUUUGCCGCUGAACAGCUUGCAAAGUGGAUAGCUGACAGAACUGAUGUGCAUAUUCGUGUAUUCAGGCCUCCUAACUACUCAGGAACCAUUGCCUUAGCUCUUCUAGUUUCGCUAGUGGGUGGAUUAUUAUAUCUACGGAGAAAUAACUUGGAAUUCAUCUAUAACAAGACAGGAUGGGCCAUGGCUGCUUUGUGUGUGGUAUUUGCCAUGACUUCUGGACAAAUGUGGAAUCACAUUAGAGGCCCUCCAUAUGCCCAUAAGAACCCACAAAAUGGCCAAGUGAGUUAUAUCCAUGGGAGCAGCCAAGCUCAAUUUGUUGCGGAGUCCCACAUAAUACUUCUUCUCAAUGCUGCCAUUACCAUGGGAAUGGUUCUUUUAAAUGAAGCUGCAACAUCCAAAGGUGAUGUAGGAAAAAGAAGAAUAAUCUGCCUGGUGGGAUUAGGUUUGGUCGUUUUCUUCUUCAGCUUGCUGCUGUCAAUAUUCCGCUCCAAGUAUCAUGGGUAUCCCUACAGCUUUUUGAUAAAGUGAAAAAUGGAAUCACACGAAACGACAUGCAAGUGUCCAUGAAAACAUCUGAAGAGAACAUACUUUAUAACUGGGUUUGCCAGCCAAUGUGUUACAGUGUUAACUAUUAACUUCUAUACUUGUCAUUGUGAAAUUAUAAAAGUGCCAUUUAGGAAUGAGACUGUGCUAUUGCUUUCAAUUUGUGUUUCUUACAUAAAAGUUGAUUCAUCAGUUUGAAUUUCUGUAGGAAAUGGUGUACAAAUGAUCAGAAAUAUAACAAAUUGCAAAAACAUUGAUGAGACUUUUUCUUAAUCCCUUGGCAUUAUACAACAAUAUAACAUAUUUUAUAGAAGUGUUUAAUGUUCUUGUCAGGUUUUUGAAAAAGAACAGCAAUGUGUUUUGUCAAGUGGAGCCUGCGGACAAGAUUAUGUGCAUGACACAGGGAAUUAAUUCAGGUUUAAGUAACAGUAGUUGUAUUUACCCACUGCAAUUGAAAUUUAAUUGCAGAUCUAUGCAAGGAUUUCUCAGAAAUACUUGACUAAUCAUCUUGUUGGUAUCAUUUGGGACAUGUUAUUUUUCAGUGUUGGAGCUGUAUUUGGGUUUUGUUGUGUUUUAUAAUACAUAGCUGCAAAACUGUUAGCCCCAAGCUUUCUCUCAAGACUUCAUGUAUUUAAAUCAUAGUAAGUGAACAUAGAAUUCUCCACACUUCUAUCACUGAAAAACUAGUUCCAUGCACUCACAAGUCAUGCAAUUUUAGGUGAUUAAGUUGAAUUCUUAAAAGUUAAGUUGGUGCACUUUUUUUACACUGAUUUACUUCACAAUUGUUUGUUGAGACCUGACAAAUUUACUUCAAAUUUUAAGAUCAGUUAUUUACUCUCACAUUCAUUGCAUUUCAUUGUCCACAUUUACAAGCCAAGAUCAUUUAAAUUAUUAAGGCUAGAUUUUUUUUGUGAUAUUUAGAAAUUCUGAAGACCUUUAAAAAUGGCAGGUGAGAUGCGAAUGUAAAAGGCCUGGCUGCAUUUUAGAGCUUGUACAUUUGCUGGCAGCCAGGCCUGAGACAUGGUUUGCAAAUGGAACGGGCGUAUGAAAUUAAUAAACAGUUCAAACAGACUCCAUUUUCACAUUUAACGUAUCUUUGGUUCACAGUAUGGGAGACAUAAAAUUGUGGAGCAGAUAUAAACACUUGAAAUGGGCUCAGAAAUAAUGGGAACUGCAGAUGCUGGUGAAUCCAAGAUUACAAAGUGUGGGGCUGGAUGAACACAGCAGGCUAAGCAGCAUCUCAG